CCAUCAAUCAAUCCCAUGGAUCUCUCUGGCCUUGAGCACAGCUUUUGGGUGGUUCCAGACCCACAGAAUCCCCAGGCAGAUCUGCAGGGCUGUGCUCCUGGGGGCUCUCAGCUGAGGCAGGACACCCACAGGCUCUUCCACAGCAUUUCCCAGCAGCUCUGCUGUGUCCCCUCCUCUCCAGGGAAGGCUGGCCUGACAGAGCAGAGCAGCCCUGAGGCAGGACACGGCUCCCCGGACCCCUCUGUGGUGCUGCUGCCUCUCAGGCACAGCUUUCUGCCAGAGCUCUCACUCUCCUUCUCCGUGGAGAGCCACUCCUCCCGGUGCCUCAAUUCCCAGCUCCAGGAAGCUGCCAGGAAGAAGCUGUGGGCUCUGGAGAGCGAUGACAGGGACGUCUGUGCCCUGUUCAAGGAGCUGUCAGCCAGGCUGGUCUGUAUGCAGGCACACGAGGAUCGCUUCCUCCUCACCUUCAAAACCCUGGAGGAAGUCUGGAAGUUUUCCACUUAUCUGACUUUAGGGUACGUGGGCACCUGCCUGGAGCAGCUGCUCUUUGCCCAGGAGUUCUGGCUGGACUGUGCCCUGGUGGAGGACACGGAGCUCAGGGUCAGCGUGGAUGAAGAGCACCUGGCCACCAUCUACAUGGAUCUGCUCCUCCAGGAAGGGAACUUUUUCUGCAGGGCAGUGCCUGGAGCCUGGAAGUCGGAGCAGGAGGGAGAGGAGAGUCUGCAGCUCUGCAGGAAUGAGCUGAUCCAUGUGAAGAGUGUGGGACAGGAUUCCAGGUGGGAAGGGAUGUCCCUGCUGACGGGACAGCGAGGCAUGGUGCCCGUGACAGCUCUGGAGCCAAUACCUCACCCCUUUUACCAGUGGUUCCUGAAGAAUUAUGCUGUGAGUUUUGGCCUCUCGCAGGAGAUCAGUGGGACGAGCUCUCAGGCCAUUGUCAAAGGCAGGUGCAUCGCCACCAAGGACCACAGAGGAGCAGCGUGGGAUGAGCUGAGCUUCUCCAAAGGAGACCCCAUAGAAAUCAUCGGUUUCUUCAUCCCUGGGCUGCCCUGGUUUGUGGGCAAAUCCCUCAGCACCAGGAGCAUUGGCUUCGUUCCCACCCGACACGUAAAUCCCGAGCCCUGCCAACCUCUGGGAAAGGGCUUUGUGUUUCUGAGCGAAGAGGAGAAGUCCCCUGUGCUGCACAUCCCCUGCAAUGGUGACGAGCAGCACUUUGCCACCCUCCUGGGGGACCUGGCGCACACUGACAUCACCUCUGUCUACAGGUUGGCUGGCUUUGAACCCACAGCCGUGUUCCCACAAGUGCCACCGGAGGCUGCUCUCCAUGGCAGUAAAGAAAUCCAAGUGCUCCAGUCUUGGGAGGAAAUCAAUGACUGGGCUACCAGCAGCACCUCAGAGCUGUCCAGCCCAGGCAGUGAAACAGCCCCUGCCACACUGGAAGAUGUUCUCCUGGAGAAGCUGGAUGACUUGGACUACCCCAAAUUCUUCAUUGACCUCAACACUGGACACAUGGAGGAUGCUGAUGUCUUUGAUCCCAUAUUGACUUUCCUCAAUCAAGACAGUUUCGUGCCCAGUUUCCAAAGCUUUUAUGAUCUCAGCUUUUCCUUUCUGCAGUCCACUUUUUAUGGCUUCUCUGAUGAGGAUGAACUGGUUCUGUACCUGGAGACUUCCCGGAACUGGGCCAAGAGGACUCGUUUGGUUUGGGCUCACGUCAGGCUCUGUUUCCUCCUGGGCAAGCUCUGCAUCAAAAAGCUCAAGUUGUCCCAGGCUCGGGUGUACUUUGAGGAGGCCAUGAGUGUCCUGGACAGGGGCUUUGGGGACCUGCCCCUGCUGGCAGCGCUGCACGUGAGCCUCGCCUCCGUCUACCUGAAGCAGAACAUGAAGCACAAGUUCUCCUCCCUGCUGGGGAAGACGCUGACCUUGCUCGUGUGCCUGCCUGGCCGCUCCUUCAGCUCGGAGAGCGAGCUGGAGCUCCUGACGUACAUCCUGAGGGAAUCCAUCGCUGUGGGCAACGCUCCGCUGGAGGCCCGCGUCUGCUUCCUCAUUGUCAAGCUCUUCCUGCAGCUGGGCAGAACCGAGGAGGUGCUGCCCUUUUUGGAGCAUCUCCAAUGUCUCAGCACCACCUGGCUCAGCCCAGGCUCCCGUGGGCCACUGGAUGCCGCUGCCACCUUGGGCUACCUCUAUGACAAGAAGUGCCUGCCAAACCUCGCGCUGGCCUCUGUCAGGUCCUUUGCUCCCAGCAGCACCAAGGGGACACCGACCCCCAUCUGGAGAGCUGGCUUCAUCCUCCAAAACGCUCCCAAACUCCUGGGGAAGCAGCUGGACAGGAGCAGCAUCCCAGCGCUGGCUUGUCUGUACCUCAAGCAAGCGCUGCAGUUCUGCUGCGAGAGCAGGGCCGUGGCCAUGCAGAGGACGCUCUGCGCCGUGCUGAGCAGGACGUACCUGCAGCACGGGCUGCUGGACGGGGCUGUUUGCUAUUCAGCCAGAGCUGCAGCCCUGGGCAGGCUGCUGGGGGAGGAGGAGGCUUUUGAGUCCUCGCUGUCCUUGGGGUGGAUGCACCUCCUGCAGCAGCGGCCGGGCCCGGCUGGGGACAUCCUGCGGCAGCUGCUGCGCUCCCUGCGCGGCACCGCCAGCGAGACCCAGCCCGGGGCCGUGCACAACCUCCUGGCCAUGGCCCUCGGGGCCCAGGGACACGUUCAGGAGGCUGCAGAGAACUUCCUGAGGGCCCUGCACAAGGCCAAGGAGACGGGGAACAGGAGGAACCAGGCCGUGGCCCUGGCUAACCUGGGCCAGCUGAGCCUCUCGUGUGGGGCCGCCCAGCUGGCCGAGCUCUACCUGCUGUGGUCGGUCCGGCUCUACGCCGAGCUCCAGGGACACCAAGAGCCGGACCUGGAGCUGGCACAGGUGCUGCUGUGGCUGGCACAGGCCAUGGUGGACAGGCAGAGGAUGGAAGAUGCCAAACUCUGCUAUGAACUGGCGCUGGGGUUUGCCCUGAAGUGGCAGAACCUGAGGAGUCAGCUGCACGUCACGGAGCGUCUGUGCCAUUUCUGCAGCAGAGUGUGCCCCGACCUGCAGGCCUGCAUCGCCUACCACGAGCACUGGGCGUCCCUGGCACGGCAGCUGCAGGACAGGGAGCUGGAGGGCAAUGCCAGGCAGGCCCUCAGCCUGCUCUACCAGGCUUUGGGCACACCUGAGGCUUUGAGACAAUCCCUGGACUGCACCAAGCAGAGCCUGAGGAUCUUCAUCGACCUCGAGGAGGCUGUGAAGGCAGCAGAGGCCUGGCUGCAGGCAGGAAAACUCUAUUAUCUUCUAGAGGAGGAUGAGCUGGUGGAAAUGUACUUCCAGGCAGCCAUCCAGACUGCUCUGAAAGGGGACAACUUCUCCUUGGCCAUGGAUCUUUAUGAGAAAGCAGGUGACACCUUCUUUAAUGGCAGCCGGAACAGGGCCCGAGCAGUGGAGUUUUACAGGGGAGGUGCUGUGCCCUUGGCCAGGAAACUCAAGGCCACCCAGACAGAGCUGCGGCUGUUCAAUAAACUGGCAGAGCUGCAGAUCAGCCUGCAGGGCUACGAGAAGGCUCUGGAGUUUGCCACGCUGGCAGCCAGGCUCAGCCUCAGGGUCGGGGAUCAUCUGCAGGAGCUGGUUGCCUUCCACCGCCUGGCCACAGCCUAUGACUUGCUGCACAUGUACGAGAUGGCCGAGGAUUGCUACCUGAAGACCCUGGCCAUGCGUCCCCCCGUGCUGCAGAGCUCAGCAGAAGCUCUGUACUACUGCAAGGUCUACUGGCACCUGGGCAACCUGGCUCUGCACAAGCUGCAGGAUGAACAGGAUGCAGCCUCCUACUUCCUGCUGGCCCUCGCCGCAGCCACCGAGCUGGGAGACCGGGAGCUGCAAUCCCUGCUCCGUGCCAAGCUGGGUGCCAUCCCCGGAGCCCCAGGGGGACCUGAGGGCACCCCAGGCUGUGCCACAGAGCGGCCCCGGUGGCUGACCGAAGGUGGCCACGUGGUGUGACCCAUCUGCCACCCUGGGGACACCAGUGGGAGCCAUCAGCAGCAGCGUGCAAGGUCCGUGUGCUCUCCAGAACCGGCCCAGGAGAGGUCCUUCACCACAUCCUGAAGAGCUGGAAGGGUUUGGGCUCCUCAUCCCAAGCACUUGGGAUUCUGCCCUCGUUUUUCAGGAGCAGGGCAGUGCCCUGCAGAGGAGGUGGCACAGCCAGGGCAGGAUGAGGGCCCAGCAGCGGUGCUGGAGCUGGUGGUGCAGCAGGGCUGAGCUCCUGGGAGGUUUCACAAGCAGGAUGGGGACCGGGGAGUGCUGCCAUGUGCCUGCCUGUCCCCACACCUUGGAACAGCUCAGCCCAACCCAAACGUGUUUGAGACAGCUGCUCCUUUAUUUAUGCCUGGUUUUUAUCCUCGCCUGCCCCGCGAGGGCUGUGAUGGAAUCUCUCUCCUGUAAAAAGCACCACCAAAGCUUUUGGCAGUGAGUCUCAGAAUUAGGGAAGUGAGGAGGAAUAAAGGGGCUGCUCCAGCCUCAUCUGGGGUCAAAAACCCCCAGCAGAGCCCACCCUCAGCCAGCCCUGCCCUCAAGCUCCGGGUCCAGAGCAGGAGCACAGGAGCAGAGCGCCGGAACGGGGAGCCGCUGGAGUCCCCAUCCCUGUCAUGUGGCAUUUGGGGACACGGUUUAGCGGCGGGGGAAUGGUCGGGCUCGAUGAUCUCAGAGGGAUUUCCCAGCCCGAUGUUCUCCCGGGCACACAGCAGGAAUGUGCAGCUCUGCCACCAGAGAGCAAUAAAUGCCCAUUUUUACAGCGAGAGCUUCCCUGCGAGCCCCGGGCUCGGCUCUCGCUCCGGACUGGAGGACAGGGAAGAAGGAGAGGUUUUCCCGGCUGAUCUCUUUGCUUUGGCAACCUGUGGCCAUCUGGGGCUUCACAGACAGAGCCUGCUCCCAGUUCCUCCACCUCCCUGCCCGUGCCGCCCUGCCUGGGAUUGUUAAAUGCAGAAUAUUUAUUUCCUCCCUGCUCUCCGCAAACGCCGGCUUCGGCUUCCUCUUCCAAUCCCUCCGAGGGCGUUUGUCACCGGGGCAAUGAUUAUUUACCUCUUGUUUACCGAGUUCCUGCCGGGCAGCCUCAGAGCCCAGUCCAGAGGAGGGAAAUCUUCACCCUGGGUGAAACCCAGCGAGCUUAGGGCUCCCCAAAACCUCCCUGCCCACCCCAGUGUGCUGCCUGAGCUCGCUGCAGGUGCUUGGUGCUCACCACGCCAGGGCAGGGGAUUUUCUGCAGCUUUUCAGCCAGUUCCCAUUUUUCUUUUGGUCUAGAUGGUUUUUAAGGACCAUUCCAACCCCUUACCAUCCUCUGGGUCUUUUCACACACGGGGAGAAGCACGAUCCCACAUCUUUGUGCCAGGAGGAAGAUGGACAGUUGGAAAUCAGGCUGUGGAGAGGAGCUGGGAUGGAUCUGGAAGCCCUGAGGGCUUUGUUCAAACACCCAGACUCAGUGUCUGAGCUGCCCUAACUCAGCCGAGCUCCAGGAGUCCCUCAGAGAUGUUCUGACUUGCAGGGACUCUGGAACUGCUUGGAAACCAAAUGUGUCUUCCUUAAAUCACAGCCAAACAAACUUGUGGUGCAGGCAGGGGGAAAAGAUCUUCUUCCUUGGGAGCAUCCUAUAAAAUAUCAUUUUCCCUCUCCCUCAUCUGCCUGCUCAGGGUGGCCAGGAUGAGCUCAGGGUGGCCAGGGCUAAUUAAAAUUCAUAAUACAGUGAAUUUUAAAGCUGUUGUUUGUGUCUACCAAGUCCUGAGUUGGUGCCCAAGGAAAGAGGAGGAUAUUCCAUCCCUCCAGCCACCAGUUUUGUGGGCAGAGAAAUUUGGGGACUUUGUGCCAGAGGAGGUCACCAGGUGGUGGCUCAGCUCCUGGAGCUCCUGUCAUCCUUCCCCUGCCCAGGAUGGGGAUGUUGUCCCUCACUCCUGGGGCAUUUUUUGGGACACAGCAGGAGGGGCACAGGCUGUGCUGCUGCUCCAGGAGAAGGCUCCAGGGAGAGGAGAACUGUGGGAACACAGGAAUUAUCCUGGAGAAGCUGGAUAAUUAUCCUGGAGGAAUUAUCCUGAAGAAGACAGGGGAAUUAUCUUGGAGAAGGCUCUGGGAAGAGAAGGAAGGGAACACAAGAAUUAUCCUGCAGAAGGCAUCGACCACCAGUGUCCUCCUUUGUCACAGCCAGAGGCAGAACUGGGGGAAAGGGAAGGCAUGGAUCAGGCAUGGAUCACAUCUCCUCUGACACCGGCUGUGCUGUGGCUCGUGACUCCUUCCUGAACCACGUGUGAUGCCCUGUUCCAUGCCCAGGCCAGGAGUUUUCCUUCCUCCCUGCAGCCUGCCAGGCUGGAAAUGGAGCAGCACCUUCCUUCCAAGCGCUCCCAGAGCGUGCCAGGAGCUGCAGGAACAUCCCUGCUUCAGCUUUGGUGCUCCAGUCCUUCCCCAUUUUGACCUGGCAGUCCCAGUGAGCCCCUGUUUGUUUAAUGCCUCAGGGAGCCCUUUAAGCCCUGGGAUAACCAGGGGCUGGGUUUCUCUCACAUAUGUUCAUUCUUGGACAGUGGAAAUGCCACGACAGGAAUAAUUCUUGCAUCAUCUGAGCUCCGGUGUGAGCCUCCUGUGGAAUCAGGAGAAGGAAACGCUGAUGAAUGGAAAUACAGAGAGCUGGGUUUAUUUGGAUUUUCAUCCAAAUAAUGACUCUUUUCUGCAGGAAUACAGCACCCAACAAUAACACUUGUUAUCAGCAGACAUUUUUUCAUCAUUCCUUCGUGGCACAGUGGUGCAAACUGGGCUGGAUGAGAGACCUGAUGUGGAGGAUGAGGCAGGGAAAAGCUGGAGCUCAGCCUAUCUCAGAGGUGGCUGCUCCUCUCUGGGCAGCGUCUCCUGGUGUUGCCUGGAUCGGUGAUGAGGAGCUGGUAAACACCAGCUGUUCUGCUAAGCAGAGCUGGGGGGAGUGUGUAAACUGGGUAAUUUAGAUUAAAAAUCAUUUAUUUGCACAGCAA